AUGAUCAAGGCGGCCAUCUUCAUUCUUUUCGGCGGUAUCGCCGCGGCCAUCGACCUGACAAGCCAAGAUUUCCGUAUAAGCAUCAACGACAACACCGGCGCAAUCGACGAAAUCACUGAUCCGCACUUCGAAAAUGUCAUGAACUGGGUUAGUACCGGCUCUAACGCGCCCUGGCUUCCAGCCGGCAGCCGUUGGGGUCUAGGCUAUACAGACCUGGGCCAAGACUCCCUCCAUCGUAACUUCUGGAAUUUCCCCCAAAUCACGAAGCACGACAACACCAUCAACGCAGUCUACAACGCCGGGCCCUUGGAACUUUCCGUCAGCCGAAGCAUCAACCACGCAAAUCAAUCCUUCACUGAAUCCUACACUUUCACAAACAAAGGCGCCACACCUCUCAAACUGGACAGCCGAGGAACAACGUCUUUGGCCAUCUACACUCCUUUCAAUGACCAUUACACAAAUACGAGCGAUUGCGUCGAGGCGCGCUCGCAUGCUCAUGUAUGGGCGUUUGGGGGUGCUUCUUGCUGGGUUAAGCUGAACCAAAUGGGCGGGAAAUAUCGGAAUCUUGGAUUUGUCUUGACGCAAGGCGCGCUGGUGGGUUACAGUAUCGAGGCCCGCGACCCAGUUACGCUGUCCAACACGCGAGGCGUGUUCCUACUUCACCCUUCCCUUCCAACUCUGGAACCAGGUGCGUCGAGCACAGUCGCGUGGAGGUGGUUCUGGCAUCGCGAUUGGGAUGGUUUCUUCAAAAAGAGCGCCGCGCACUCCGAGCAGCUCGUGCGGGUCGAGACAGACAACUACACCUCUAUCACCAGAGAGACGGGUUCCAUCUCUCUCUCCGGUGCCUUUAUCAAUGCCAACACGAAAGUCAGUGGCCAAGCAGUGCAAUGCGAUGGCAAUACCUGCUACUUCAACUUCACCGCCGGGCGUCCAGGCCGGAUGAAUCUUGUAGUCACCACGGAGAAGGGCUACAAUUCCACAGUCUUCCUCAACGUCAUCCCAAAAUACCACGACUUGAUUUCCAGCCGCGUUAAAUUCAUCAUCGAGAACCAACAAGACCUCACGCCCGAAACUCCAGCAGAGGGAGCCUAUCGCGUCUUCGAUAACCAAGCCAACGCCAUCGCGACAUGGGAUACAUCCACAGACCGGAAUCCCGGCCGCGAACGUGUGGGGAUGGGGAUUCUCAUCGCACGCUGGCUAAAGAAGAACCCCGACAACGUUGAGUUGCGACAGUCUCUGGAGAAGUACUAUACUUAUGUGUCGACUAAGCUGCAGGAGGAAAAUGGGUUUGUCCGCGAUAGGCCGAUCGGAAUGGAUGGCAGCAAGAAGCGCUUGUAUAACUGGCCCUGGGUUCUCCAGUUUCACAUUACAGUUGCUGCUCUCGACCUUAAUUUGACCGGCGCAGUAGCUGAGAAGACACCACUUGAGCGCUUUAUGCUCACCCUGGAGAACUUUUACGCUGAAGGCGGCGGCGCGUUGUACGCUAUUGGCCUCCCCAUUCUAGAAAGCCUGCGCGCACUCGAAAAGCACGGAAACGAAGAAUGGCUAGAGAGAGCUAAGGAAUUGUUCCUCGCCCAUGGAGAGAAUAUCGCGAAACGAGGACUGGAUUAUCCGUCGUUCGAGGUCAACUUUGAACAGUCCAUUGUCGCCCCCGCCGCUGUGAUGCUCCUUGAACUCUGGCGCUAUACAGGCAAUGACAAGUGGCUGGAAGCUGGCAAGCUACAUCUUGAUGCCCUUCUACUCUUUGCGGGCAAACAGCCCGACUAUCGCCUCCACGACGUCGCGAUCCGCCACUGGGACGGCUACUGGUUCGGAAAGGAUCGUAUGUGGGGAGAUACAUUUCCCCACUACUGGAGUACGCUGAACGGCAUCGCACUGCAUCACUACGGAAAGGGCUUGAAGAACGACACCCUAGGCGAGGUAGCGGCGGCCUUGAAGGCGGCCAACGGUAUCAUUCGAAAUAAUCUUGCUUUGUUUGAGGCGGAUGGGCGCGCAUCGUGUGCGUACAUUUACCCGACCUCCGUCAACGGCCGAGCUGGGAACUACAAGGAUCCCUACGCAAAUGACCAGGACUGGGUGUUAGCUCACCUAUUGCAGAUCGAGGAGGAUGAUGCCUUUGAUAAAAAGUGA